CGGCCUAAGUCAGCGUGGAGGACAGAGUUAAUAUGUAUAUAUGUAUAGGUAUACUGUACACAUUUUGCAAUAUUUUUUCUUUUUAGUAUAUAUAUUAAUAGUAUAAAUAGUUUAUUUUAAUUUUUUUUUAUAAAUAAUUAUUAAAAUGCCGAAGAAAAAAACUGGUCAAAGAAAAAAGGCGGAGAAACAACGUUUAAGACAAAAAGAAAUACGAACAGGAAAAAGUCAACUCGAUUUAGCAAAAUUGCCUUCCAAUGCUGUUAUGGAAUGCGACAAAUGCAACAGAAAGCAAAAAAGUCGUGCAUUUUGUUAUUUUUGUCAAAGCGUACAACGAUUACCAAUUUGUGCUCAAUGUGGAAAAAUAAAAUGUAUGCUAAAAACUGGUGAUUGUGUCGUUAAACAUUCUAAUGUAUUUACAACUGGAUUAGGAAUGGUUGGUGCAAUUUGUGAUCAUUGUGAAGCUUGGGUUUGUCAUGGAAGACGUUGUCUCACAUCUCACGCUUGUACAUGUCCAUUAAUGGAUGCAAUUUGUCACGAAUGCGAAAGAGGCGUAUGGGAUCAUGGUGGAAGAAUUUUUCGUUGUAGUUUCUGUGAUUGUUUUCUUUGUGAGGACGAUCAAUUUGAACAUCAAGCAUCGUGUCAAGUGCUUGAGGCUGAAAAUUUUAAAUGUCAAUCUUGCAAUCGUUUAGGACAAUAUUCAUGUUUAAGAUGUAAAACAUGUUAUUGUGAAGAUCAUGUGAGACGAAAAGGAUUUAAAUAUGAAAAAAAUAAAAGUAUUCCAUGUCCAAAAUGUGGCUACAAUACAUCACAAACAAAGGAUCUUAGCAUGUCAACGAGAACUCAUAAAUUUGGAAGACAAAAUAUUGGAGGCGGAGCAUAUGAAUCCGAUGAUGAGAACAAUGGUUAUAAUUAUGGAUCUUCAAGUUAUAGUUAUGGUACAAAUGACGAUUUAGAUUAUGAUGAUGAUGAUGAUGAUGAUGAUGAAGAUGAUAGCGAAGAUGAUGAAAGUGAUGAUGAUGAUAAUGAUGAAGAAGAAGAAGAAGAAAAUAAUGAAAGUGAAGAUAAUUCCAAAGAAGAUGAUAAUGAAAGUAAAGUAAAAAAAGAGGAAAUAUUGUCAGAGAAAAAUUCAGAAAUUAAAAAGGGCGAAUUGAUAAAAUAAUUUUUAAAAAAGAGAAAACAAGUAUUCAACGAGAAAUUGGAAAACCAGCAAACCUUGCGAAAAAAAUUUUUGAGUUCGGAAUUUGAUAAUGCUCUAAAGGCAUCUAAGGAGCAAAAAAUUGUUUUAUAAUUUUAUCUGAAUUAAAAGAAAUUAAAUAUUAAAUUAAAAAUUAGUUUUCUAUUGAAAUAAUUGUUUUUUUUUUGCCCCUUAGAUUACUUUCUUUAGAGGGGGGUAUUUUUAUUUUUAAAUUGAAUAUCGAAACAAAAUUUUAAUAGAAAAGAAAAAAAUUUACAAAAUCCAAACCCAAUAUUGUGAAUUAUAAAUGCGAAAUCUAAACAAAAUUCAAAUUAUAGCUGAGCAUGCAGGAUAUUGGUGAAAAGAUAUUUUAUGUCAGUUAAAAACCGAAACACAAAUACCUUCUUUUUUUUUUUUUUUCUUUUCAUUUUCCUCUCCUCCUAUGAUCCUCUCUAUCCAUGAAAACAUCUGAUAAUGACGAAACGAAAAUUUUUAAAUCCAUCCCACUAUUCGAAUUCGUUCCUUGCAAUGCGUCCUGUCUUCUUACAAUGAAUCCAAAUCCACUAACAUUUAUUUUUAUUUAUAUAUGUAUAUUUACAUAUUUAUUUUACUAUAUAUAUAUGCAAAUAUAAAAAUAUAAAUACUUUUUUUUCAAAAUCAAUAUAUCCAACAGAUCUUUGCAUAUUAAAAUUUUUUUCUAAUCAUUAUUUAAUAUGAAAAAGUCCAAGUCCUGUUGUAAUCCCGAUUUUCUCUCUAGUUUUUUUUUUAUCCACGAAUCCUCUUGCAUGCAUUAGAAAAGAUCCCGCGACGCAUUUAAAAUUUUUUUUUUUUUUAUAUAUUUUGCUUUCCGCGAGGACGAAUGCAACGAACGAAAUUAUGCAAAUAAUCCUAAAAUCCUGUUUUUGAGAAAACGAUUAUCCAAUAGAUAUAUAGAUUUGGAUCCAGUUUUAGAUCCAGAAAAGUGAAAAGUGAAUCCUCUAAUCCUGACAAAAAAUUUUUUUUUUUUUCGAAAUCCGUAAUUAUUAUUAAUUAUCCAAAUCCGUUAAUCCGUUUUCAAAAUUUGUUUAAAUCCAUCCCGAUAUCCUUAUUUCGAUAUAGAAAUUCAAUCCUCAUCCUUAUCCUCCUCUUCUAAAUAUUAUUUAAUUUUCUCCCAAAAUAUUAUCCUCCGCGCAACAUCCAUCCAAAAGUGUUUAUUUUUAUUAUUAUUUUUUUUUUUUUUAUCCAUCCAAGAAGUAAGAUUGUGUAGGUUUUGAGUUUUUCAUUCAUUGUGUUACAAUCCAAUCCAAUAUACAAAAGAAGAAAAAAUACAUUAGUUUGUUUACUAUG